GUUCUCCUCAUCGCUGCUUCAUUCCAUUUCACACACUUCUUCAAGCAACACAGUCCACCCUGUGGGUAUAAAAGUCUGCAUCAGAGCAUACCCAGACCGCAUUUUUCCUUGGUCAUCUGGUAAAAACCUCGCUGCACCAUAUCCCCGAUGUCCGUACCCGCCGCGUCUUCCACCGACCCAACGUCUACUGUCCCUGCCCCCGUCGCCGGUGCCGGUGCCGGGCGGCCAGUGACCCCUGCGGACGUGGGCUGGCAGUUCGUACCGCAGUACUAUACAUUCGUGAACAAGCAGCCACACAAGCUGCACUGUUUCUACAACCGUAAUAGCACCUUUACCCACGGAACGGAGGGCGAGGACGUCAAGCAUCUUUCUGGCCAGGCUCAGAUCCACGACAAGAUCGUUUCCCUCGGAUAUCAUGACUGCAAGGUCUACAUCAACAGCGUCGACGCGCAGUCCUCUAUGGCUGGUGGGAUCAUCAUUCAAGUCAUUGGGGAGAUGAGCAACAACGGCGAGCCGUGGAAGAAGUUUGCUCAGACAUUUUUCCUCGCGGAACAGCCCAAUGGUUACUACGUCCUGAACGACAUCUUCCGCUUCCUCAAGGAAGAAACCCUCGCCGAAGGAGAUGAGGCCGAAGCUGAGGCUGAGCCUUCCGAGCCUGCUCCCGUAGAGCCCUCUCAAGCAGAGCCUGUCUCCGGGACUGCCCAAACCGAGUCGGCAAUGGACGCCGCCGCUCAGCAGCCCCAGGCGCUCAACGGUUUCCACCCUGAGCUGGAGAAGGAAUCCGAGCCCGCGGAAGACUUGGUCCACAACGAGCCUGAAGAACCCGUCCAGGUCGAGGAAGCCGUCCCUCCGAUGCCUGAGGAACCGGCACAUAGCAUAGUCGUUGCUCCUUCUGCUCAGACGGCUGAGGAGCCGGCGCCCACCCCUGCCACCGUUGCCCCCGUCACGGCACCCGAGCCCGCAGCUCCUAAGGAAGUUCCUGCAAAGGUGGUCGACGUCGCUCCUCCCAUGCCGGAGCAGCCCGCCCAAUCCACUGUCGUCGCUCCCACUCCUGCUACUGCCCCCGCCGCGCCAGCCCAGCCCGCCCAGCCGGCUGCACCUGCGCCCCCACCAGGACCGAAGACGUGGGCCGCCUUAGCGAGCAAGGACUCGAACCGCUGGGGCGCUAACGUCGCCUCGGAAGCGCGUGGUGUCUCCGCUGCUCCUCCGCCAUCCCGUACGCCCGCUGCGCCCGCGCCCUCCCCCGCUCCUUCACAGGGUGCGCGUCCGCCUACUUCUCAGGGGCCUCCUCCCGCUGCGCCAGCACCCGUGACCACCGCCCAGUGCUUCAUCAAGAACGUCACUGAGGCAGUCUCCAAGACCGCCCUCGCAGACGUGCUCAUGAACCGUUUCGGCCCAAUAAAAGAACUCGAGAUUGUACGCUCCAAGGCUUGCGCAUUCCUCGAGUUCACGUCGGUCGAGUCAGCUGCCAAGGCUAUCCAGGCCUCCCUCCCGACAUCGCAGGGCGGGCAAGGAUCAGUUCGCGUGCCCGUUGAGGGAGGAGGGUACGUACCGGUGCAUAUUGAGACGCGUAAAGAGAGGGGCGAGAGGCCUGUGAGCAGGCCUAGGGGUGGUGGGCCCGGGCAGCAGGGCCAGACAGGGCAAGGAGAGGGCAGGGGGGCAGGCAAUUAUAGGGGCAGGGGCGAAGGGAGGGGUACUGGUAGGGGUGGGGAGAGAGGGCGUGGCAGGGGUCAAGGCCAGAACCAGCAGCAGCAGAAGUAAUUGGUUGAAGGAUAAAGCAGGUGCACGAGUUUGGAGUUGAGAGCAGGUAGGGAGACUCCUGCUCAUGCUCCUGUUCGUGCUGUGUGUUGUAAUCCUCGUCUCCGAGACUAUCUCUUCAUGUUCUCCAUAUUCCUCCUGCACAUCUACCCCUCCGUACAUCCUUCAACCUUCAACUUUUAGCACCGUACUGGUACGUCCUAGUAGUCAACCAUACUUCCUCAACCUCUCUUUCC